AUUUUUACUAGAGGCUCUACGCCGCGAGCUAGCCCUCCAACGCAUACGACCAACAACGCCCAUACGACGACUGCCGCCCAAGUGGGUGAGGAAGCGCGCUCGAACGCGACACUCCCCCUCUACACGCCCUAUCCAACGCAAACAAUGAGGCAACACAACCACGAUCCAUUUUUCACUCGUCUCUUUUCCUCUUCACGCUCGUCUCCCCCGACGCAUAAUUGGUCAUCCAUGCAGCCGCCCGUCUCGGCUGCCACCGACGUGCAGAUGAUUUACGUCACACAUUCUGGCUAUGGCUAUGUGAUCCCUGCCGAGCCUCCCCCAGCGUAUACUCCUCCAGGUCUGUCCUUGUCGUUGCCCCUUUGCCGUCUUCAUGCACGCCUAAUCCUUUCUCCCGUCUUCAUCACCUUGGACUCUUCACUACCUCACCCCAUCUUCGAUCCGGUUUCGCAUCCGUCUCAUCAACUGUCCCUAAACAUUGUAUCCAUUUCUACCAAUCUCAUUCUCUCGUCCUCACCCACGCUUUUGUUUCAUAUUUAUUAUCGUGUCGACUCUGUGAAGCGGUCCAACACUUGCAAUGGAAAGAGCUCAAUAAUGGAAGCUUUCCGAUCUAUUUCAGGUGGUAUAGAUGAUCAACACCUACGAUUGAAUCGGAAAAGGUGUAAAACCUGCCUGAUGGCCGCAAAUAAGCUAAUUUGUGCGAUGAGAGGCAGCUUAGCAUGCAGAUUAGAGGCUCUCAGCCUAGACUAG